AUUAGAACAAGCUAUUUAAGGGGUUAUCACCCACGUGGAGUAGUAUGGGUAAGAUCAGAGCUAAGCGAAGAGCUGCUAGGAGUCGGCCUGAACCUGCUGGCCUACCCACCACUAGUCCAGUGAAGGCUAUUGAGGAGACAUCAGAGAGCCCAGAAUCACGAUCACUACCUAUUCUACACAGAUUGGCUAGUCAUGAUGUGACUGAGCGGAAGUGGGCGUGUACCUCACUGUCUCACCUCCUGUUAGACUGUGCACAGCGGACAGAGCUCAUACAGGGGAGAGUGGUGCGUAGAUUAACCCCGUUGCUACUAGACGAGGUGAUGGAGAUAAGAGAGGCAGCUGCCGGAGCUCUAAGGAACAUGAGCUCUGUGGAUGAACCUGGUGUACUAGAGUACAUGGCUAGUGAGGACAUCAUGACACACCUAUCAGCACUCGUAAAGGAUACUGUUGCUCGAUUGGUCACUGGAAUGGAGGAAGGAAAAAAGGAGAAGAUGACUGCGGAUAGAGGAGUCUUAUUGAGUAUUCUUGAGGAAGCAUUGUGUCUACUGUGGAACAUGAGUGAGGGCAGCAGUGUGGUGGUGGAAGUGUUCAAUCGUGAGGAGCUACUGCCUUUCAUUCUGCAACUGUUACAACCGACCACUCACCCGCUAUCACUGUGUCUAGCAGCAGCACAACUGCUCCAUGUUGUUACCGAGGACAACCAGGAUGCAAUUCGAUUGGUUGUAUCCUUGCCGGGAACUCUGUCCCACCUUGAGAGUGUACUAGACCGCACCCUCCCUGAUGAUGAUUGUGGGCGGGGCCAGAUGCUAGUCCUCCGAGUAGCUAUAGCAGGUGUGUUUCACAACUGUCUCGCUGCUCUACCCGAGGCUGUGAUUGAGAGCACACUGUGUGGAGUCCUGGCGGUAGUGGCGAGUGUGCUGUGUGUGGACACCGCCCCCCUACUCACUGGUUGUCAAGGCGACUCAGAGACUGAGGAAUUGAGGUUGAUAUUCAGUGCUCAAGAACUAGCGUGUGAAGUCCUGGCCAAUGUCUGCUAUAAUGAAGGUGAUGGUAGUGAUGGUGGUGAGUGGGCAGACUGUGAUAGUGUGGAAGAUGUGGAGGGGGCGGAUAUGAUGGAGGCAUCACAAAUGCCAGUGUCACGUGACCUACCGUCUCUUAAGCUGAUAGUAGAAGCACAGGCUCAUACUAAAGUAUGCAAUCUGUUCCUCCACUUGUGCUCUGUGUUUGACACUUGUCCAGAGCCGGUCAUUCAGAGGCUUACAUCAUUAAUGAGUGCUGCACUACUCACACUACAAAACCUCGCCUCCUCUCUACCCACGGAUGUAUGGCAAGAUCACAUGAGGACAAUAUGGCCGACCUUGUUCAACCUUCCCUCUGCCUAUAAUGACAACACGUUCCCUGUACUGGGUCUCCUGUUAGCACUGGUGGACAAGCUGGACACUAGUCAAUUGUUGACAGAAGAGCAGCUGAUGAAGGUGUGUAAGGUGGGUGUGGCUUCAGGAGAGGUCGGAGUUCGUGCGGACAUCAUGAGACUAGUGGGAGCAGCUGCUAGCAGUGCACUCAGACACACCACCCCACACCUCCCCAUGCUCCAGAUAGCUGGUAGUACUCUAAGGGACUGCGUUGCUAAGGAUCCAUCGCUAUGGGUAGUAUCUCAAGCACUGGACUCAAUAUUUGACAUGUUUGGGUCUGACUCUUGUCCCCCUCCACUCCUCCACUCUCUCUCCCUGCUGCCAGUGCUCAGGCAAUCCUCCGCCACCUUCUCUGCCAGGCUACGUGUCGAGAGGAAAGGUCUGGGUCCACAUAUCUCGAUGGUUCAAAGUGCAAAGGUCAACUUGCCAAGGUUCAUCAGUUACAUGGCUUCAAAACAUUGAACAAAAACAAUAUGUUAUGUAGGUGUGUUUACAAUUUUGAUGUUUUUAUGAUUAAUUUUUGCAACUAGUAUUAAAUGAAUAUCACUGAUCAUUAAUUUUGUUGGAGUCAA